AUGACUUCUGGAUGUAGAAAAGAAAAUCAAACGAGAAUAAACCGCGAAGAUAAAAAUAAUAUAACAGAUAAUAUGAAUAACGUCGAAGAAGGAGGAGGAGGACAAGAAGAAAUGGAACGACAAACAAAAGAUGAAACCGAUCAUGCAGAUCAACCAUUUUUAAAAGAAAAUAAUAUUAAUAAUGAUAAUAAAGAAAAUAAUUUAAAUGAUAAUAAUAAUAUUAAAAAUGAUGGGAAUAAAGGUUCGGUGGGUGCGACGGGAGCGACGGCGGGAGCGGGGGCCGUAGUGAAAAGUGAAAAAAAUAAAAUAAAAAAAUCAAAUUUGAAAAAAGAUUCAUUGAUACCGGAAGAUGAACCUUUGGAAGUACUUGUUACGGUACCACCCGAUGGUGGUUGGGGUUGGGUGGUUGUUGCUGCAUCCUUUGUUGCCAAUUUUAUCGUCGAUGGUAUUUUAUAUUGUUACGGUGAUUUUUUACCCGUUAUUAAAAAUGAUUUUAACGAAUCCGCAGCAAAAGUAUCGAUACCUGGAUCUCUACUUGCCGGAUUUUAUUUAAUGACAGGUCCUUUCGUUAGCGUUUUAGCCAAUAAAUUUGGAUUUCAAAAAGUUGUCGUGGGAGGUUCCAUAUUUGCUGCCGCAGCUUUUGCAUUAUCCAGUUUAGCAAUGAACGUUGAUUUCCUUAUAUUUUCUUACGGUAUACUAGGAGGUAUUGGAUUCGGAAUGAUUUAUUCACCCUCGAUCGUAACCGUCGGUUAUUAUUUCGAACGAUGGCGAGGUAUAGCAACGGGAAUUGCCGUAUGCGGUUCCGGUAUAGGAACGUUUGCUUUAUCUCCAUUAAAUAACAUGCUAAUAAAAGAAAUGGGAUGGAAAAACACUUUCCUCGUACAAGCGGGUAUUAUAUUGAUAUGCGUUAUUUGCGGAUUGAUGUACAGACCAAUAAAACCCGUUAAAGUUGCAUUAAAUGAAAAUCUUGACGAUGUCGAAGAGGAUAAAGCCGAUGAUGAACCGCUCAAAGGAAAAAAAUCCCACGAAAAAGUAAAAAAAUCAGAUUCUAUACGUAGUGUGAAAAGUCAUAAACCACCAACGGCAGCUGAAGUUCUUCAUAUUGCAGAAAGGCCGACGAGUCUUGAUACGACAACCACAAAACUUUCAAAAUCCUCACAAUCCCUUAAUGUUCAUAAUAACGUGAUAAAAUAUGUCGAGAAUAUCGGUCAAAAUGACAAAAGGUACAGCGUUCCAAACGUACUCGAUCACGAUGGUCCUCCGAGUCAUUACAAACAGAAAAAAGAAAGGUCCAUGUCUCACGCUUGGGAUAGUAGAAGAAAACAUUCACUAUCAUCGAAUUUAUCGAGGGGUCAAAGUGUGGAAUGUAUAAUAAGAAGCAGGAGAGGAACGAUCACGCAAAUCGACGAAAAGAUAAACGUGUCACUACCGAGAGACGAUGCAUACUUUGCUGCAAGCUUAAUGAGAUUACCUCAAUACAAACCGGAAAAAGAUUCGAUUAGUUAUACGUUAUCGGUUACCAGAAUUCCUCCAGCCGAAGAACAAAAUAAAUUUUCUUUUAAAGCAUUUGUUAAAUCCAUUGCGGAUCUCUUUGAUUUUUCACUUUUACUUUCGCCAUCUUUUGACCUUUUACUUCUCAGCGGUUUUCUAACGAUGGUUGGAUAUUUCACACCUUUCAGCUACAUAAAAGAUCGAGCUAUAGAAGAAGGACACUGGGACGAUGCAGACACGAAUUGGCUUUUGUCUACGAUCGGUAUAACAAACACAAUCGGUCGUGUACUUGCUGGUCUUGUAUCGAGUUUUCCUGGUAUGGAUGCUACUUUUAUGAAUAACAUAGCUUUAAUAAUUGCUGGAGUCGCAACUGGAGUGAGCGGUUUGGUUUUAACAGUCCCUUAUCAAUACGCUUAUUGUGCAAUAUUUGGAUUUUCGACAGCAACUUUUGCAUCACUUCGUUCAAUCAUGGUCGUCGAUCUUUUAGGUUUAGAAAAUUUAAAUAACGCAUUUGGUCUUUUAUUAUUCGUUCAAGGUUUCGGUUCUGCAUUGGGUUCACCCAUAGCCGGAGCCGUACGAGAAGCAACAUCCAAUUACAGCGCUUCUUUUUACUUUUCCGGUGUUUUGAUAAUGUUAUCAGGACUCAUUCUUUUCCCAUUGAAAGCCAUUAACAGAUGGGAAAAAAAGAGAAAAACAGGAUUUAAUGAUAAAAAAUCCACCGUCGAUUGUUGA